UGUAUGUCUCUCUCCCUACGGUUGGAUCCAUUUCCCUUUGCUUCCAUUUUCAUCUUCCUUCCUUCAAUCCCUUCACACGCAAUCGUCGGUAUAUGGUUUGGGGCGCGGCGGGGAGGGGAGUUUUCGUGGUGAUCUGAGGAUCUAGAUCUUCGUCAAUUUGCCGAUCUCGAGUUUGGCGGAAAAAGGAAAAAAAAUGGAGGUCGUGGGGAGAAAUCCUUGCGCGAUGUGUGUAUCUGUGUGUUUGAUGCUGUUCCUGUUCAUCAACGCCGCUCAGUGCUUCUACCUGCCUGGCGUCGCUCCUCAGGAUUUUUUCAAGGGUGAUCCUUUGAGGGUGAAAGUAAAUAAAUUGUCCUCAGUAAAAACUCAACUUCCUUAUUCCUACUAUUCCCUUGCUUACUGUACACCACAGACAAUCGUUGACAGUGCCGAGAAUCUGGGGGAGGUUCUUCGUGGUGAUCGAAUUGAGAACUCUCCCUAUGAGUUUAAGAUGCGGGAGCCGCAGAUGUGUAAUGUUGUCUGCAAUGCUAAGCUCAAUGCCAACGAGGUAAAGGAAUUCAAGGAAAAGAUUGAUGACGAGUAUCAAGUGAACAUGAUUUUGGAUAAUCUUCCUUUAGUCAUGCCUUUUAAAGGACCAAACAUGGACACAUUAAUUUAUCAACACGGUUUCCCUGUUGGCUGGAAAGGACAAUAUGGACAAACGGAGAAGUAUUUAAUCCACAAUCAUUUGGCAUUUACUGUAAAGUAUCAUAAGGAUAUAGAAACUGAUGCUGCAAGAAUUGUGGGAUUCGAAGUAAAACCAUUUAGUGUUAAACAUGAAUAUGAGGGUGAUUGGAAUGAAAAGACAAGAUUAACAACCUGUGAUCCUCAUGCGAAAAAAACAGUAACGAGCUCUGAAUCUCCACAAGAGGUCGACGAGAACACAGAAAUUAUCUUCACAUACGAUGUGGAGUUUCAGGAGAGUAAUAUCAAGUGGGCUUCUAGAUGGGAUACUUAUCUUUACAUGGCUGAUGAACAAAUCCACUGGUUCUCGAUCGUGAAUUCUUUGAUGAUUGUUCUUUUCCUCUCCGGGAUGGUGGCAAUGAUCAUGCUGCGAACACUCUACCGCGAUAUCUCUAAAUACAACCAGUUGGAGACUCAGGAAGAGGCCCAAGAAGAAACUGGUUGGAAACUAGUUCACGGUGAUGUCUUCAGGCCUCCAGCAAACUCGGAUCUGCUGUGUGUUUAUGUCGGGACUGGUGUUCAGUUUUCUGGGAUGAUGCUCGUCACGAUGAUCUUUGCUGCACUCGGAUUCUUGUCUCCUUCCAACAGAGGCGGACUAAUGACGGCUAUGCUUCUUCUCUGGGUAUUGAUGGGCCUUUUCGCCGGCUAUUCUUCUUCACGUCUGUACAAGACGUUCAAAGGAUCGGAUUGGAAGAAACUAACCCUGCAAACGGCGUUCAUGUUUCCCGCGAUCGUCUUUGCCAUCUUCUUCGUCUUAAAUGCGCUGAUUUGGGGCGAAAAGUCCUCCGGAGCAGUGCCGUUUGGGACCAUGUUCGUCUUGGUCCUCAUGUGGUUUGGAAUUUCUGUCCCACUCGUUUUCGUGGGCAGCUACAUCGGGUUCAAGAAGCCUGCAAUGGAGUUUCCAGUAAAAACCAACAAGAUCCCGAGACAAAUACCCGAGCAGGCGUGGUACAUGCACCCCAUCUUCUCCAUAUUGAUCGGAGGCAUACUCCCGUUCGGGGCUGUGUUCAUUGAGCUGUUCUUCAUCCUGACUUCGAUCUGGCUGCACCAGUUCUACUACCUAUUCGGGUUCCUGUUCCUUGUGUUCAUCAUCCUGGUGGUGACGUGCGCUGAGAUCACGGUGGUGCUGUGCUAUUUCCAGCUGUGCAGCGAGGACUACCUGUGGUGGUGGCGGUCGUACCUGACCUCGGGGUCGUCGGCACUGUACCUUUUCCUCUAUGCCGUGUUCUACUUCUUCACGAAGCUCAACAUCACCAAACCAGUUUCCGGCAUCAUGUAUUUUGGGUACAUGCUGAUCGGUUCGUAUGCUUUCUUUGUGCUGACAGGGACCAUCGGGUUCUUCGCGUGCUUCUGGUUCACGAGGCUCAUAUACUCUUCUGUGAAAAUCGACUGAGCUUUUUACUGUUUUAUGGCUUCGGAAGGAUGCAGAAAUCGCGCAUAAAGAUGCUGGAAUUCGUCGUCGUCGAUAUCGGGUAAUGCCUAAAACUCCCUGGUGAUUUUGUUCUGUUUUUAUUGGGAUGUAGGAUCUGGGAACUUGGUAGAAGUAUUCUCAGCGUUUUUUGGUAUUGAUUAUUUUGAUUUUUCUUGGUUAUUUAAAGAAAGUGUCUUUGGAAGUAUUUUGGAGAGGAUAUGGAAGCAAUUCUUUGUCCUAAUUGAUUGAUCGAUUGAUUAGGCAGAUAAUAUGUAUGCAUGCUUUAUGACUUGUAAUUUACAUUUUACACUUAUUUUAUUGAGAGAUUGUAGUAAUGUGAACUGAAACAUAUGUAUGUAUGUGAACAUCUUCUAACUUGUUGGAUCAGUAGUCAGUUACAAGUGUUGUUCCUUUC